CACCUACCAUACCUACCUGGAACAAAGAUGACGGGGAGUACAGAUAGUCUGCUGCCUGAUCCGGCAACGGACUUGAACUGGAACAACUACAAUGGAGCAAUCCACGAAAUUUUCUCGCGCAACGCCAAUGCUCACCCGGAUAGGCUCUGUGUCAUUGAAACUAAGGGCAUGCGGUCUCCCGAGCGCCAAUUUACCUACAAGCAGAUUAACGAGAGCUCCAAUCAACUAGCCCAUUUCUUUUUGUCUAAUGGGUGCGAACGCGGCGAUGUUGCCAUGAUCUAUGCAUACCGAGGGUUCGUACACUCCUCAAAAUGGUACCAGCGCGGAAGCGUCGUUGCCUACAUGGGAGCUCUUAAGGCUGGUGCCACAGUCAGCGUGUUGGAUCCACAAUACCCCCACGACCGUCAAAAGACGUUACUAGAGGUGGCCAACCCCAGGUUCCUCGUUCACAUUCAGCGAGCCGCCGAGGAAUCCGGUCCGAUCGCCGAAUCCGUCUCUCAGUUUAUCGCUUCCUCAUUGAGCAUCAAGGCCCAUGUCCCGGCGCUCAAGCUCCAAGACGAUGGACAACUCAUCGGCGGUCUUAGCGCUGGUCAGGACCAAGACUGUCUCCAGCCCUACGAGUCACUUAAGCAGCAGUUGCCAGAAGUCGCCAUUGGCCCUGACUCAGUGCCCACUCUCAGUUUCACCAGUGGCUCCGAAGGCAAGCCCAAGGGUGUCCAGGGACGUCAUUUCUCCCUGACCUAUUACAUUCCUUGGAUGCAGCAGAGAUUCGGUCUUUCGAAGGAUGACAAGUUCACAAUGCUGUCUGGAAUCGCCCAUGACCCAAUUCAGCGUGAUAUCUUCACCCCCCUCUUCCUCGGCGCACAGAUUGUUGUGCCCCACCGCGACAGUAUCGCCCACGAGCUUCUUGCCGAAUGGAUGAAGGAGCACCGUGUUACUGUUACCCAUCUCACACCUGCGAUGGGUCAGAUUCUAGUCGGCGGUGCUACCGCUCAAUUUCCUUCCCUACACCAUGUGUUCUUUGUUGGAGAUCUCCUAACCAAGAAGGAUUGCCGAAGACUCCAAGAAUUGGCCCCUCGUGCCUCCAUCGUCAACAUGUACGGAACCACGGAGACCUCCAGAGCCGUUUCCUAUUUCGAAAUCCCCAGCAAGGCUCAGCAGCCUCUGUAUCUUGAUGAUAUGCCGGAUAUCAUCCCUGUUGGUCAGGGCAUGCUCGACGUUCAGCUUUUGGUCGUGGAUCGUAACGACCGGUCUCGCAUUUGCGACGUUGGAGAACAAGGUGAACUGUUUCUCCGAGCAGGAGGUCUUGCGGAGGGGUAUCUCGGAGACGACGCUCGUUCCAAGGAACUCAAUGAACAAAAAUUCCUGACGAACUGGUUUGUUGACCCUGCAGUGUGGACUCGCAAAUACGAAGAGGCCGCUUCACAGGCCCCGCAAUCUUGGAUGAAGCUCUACAAGGGACCACGGGAUCGCAUUUACCGAACUGGCGAUCUCGGUCGGUUCCGCCCUGAUGGUGCUGUGGAAUGCACUGGCCGAGUUGACAACCAGGUCAAGAUUCGUGGCUUCAGAAUUGAGUUGGGUGAGAUUGACACUCAUCUCUCCCACCACCCUUUCAUCCGUGAAAACAUCACCUUGGUCAGGAGAGAUAAGGACGAGGAACCAACCCUGGUGAGCUACAUCGUUCCAGAGGCAAAGAGAUGGUUCCAGCAGCUCGCUGAAGAUGGGCAACUGCCUUCCGAGCCGGAACCGUCCACCGAGGACGAAUCACUGGUCACCAUGCUUAAGAAGUUCCGCUCGUUGUCGGAGGAUUGCAAGAAGUUCCUGAAAACCAAGGUUCCCCAUUACGCAGUACCGACGAUGUUCAUUCCUCUCGCGCGUAUGCCUCUGAACCCCAACGGCAAGAUCGACAAGCCUGCCCUUCCCUUCCCGAGCACCAGCGAUCUUGCUCUCCUGAACAGACGGGCUUCAAGAAGCUCUUCACUUCAAGUAGCCCUCACCGAGACGCAGCAGAAGGUUGCCGCGAUCUGGGCCGGAGUCCUGCCAAACAUUACCGCGAGGAUGCUCGCACCCAAGUCCAACUUCUUCGAAGAGGGUGGACAUUCUAUCCUCGCCCAGCAAAUGCUUUUCAAGGUGCGCAGAGAGUGGAAGGACAUCGAUAUCCCAAUGAGUGCCAUUUUCCAGUCGCAGACCCUGGAAGCAUUUGCUGCCGAAAUCGAACACGCUCAAGACCCCAUUGGUCUCCGCCUUGACCAGAACAUCUACAAUGGCUCGACAAUCGCGGAUGAAGCCUACUCGGCAGAUGCCCGUGAUCUUGCUGGAAAGCUCCCGGCUACCAUCCCCAAGUCGACCAGCUCCGAGACCGCCGGAACGGCCUUCCUCACCGGUGCUACGGGUUUCCUUGGCUCUUACAUCCUCCACACCCUUCUUGAAUCAAACAAGCAAAUGCGUGUCAUCGCCCACGUGAGAUGCCAAGAUGCCGCAGCGGGACUCCAGCGUCUUAGAAGCAUCGCCGAGACCUACGGACUCUGGCGCGAGGACUGGAACGGCCGGGUCGAGGUCGUCCGCGGAGACAUUGCCAAACCCCAGCUUGGCAUGUCCUCGGAGGACUGGGAUCGCAUUACCCAGGAAGUCGACGUGAUCAUCCACAACGGAGCCCAGGUGAAUUGGAUGCUGCCGUACUCCAGCCUGCGCCCGGCCAACGUCCUGAGUACCAUGGAGUGCGUGACGCUUUGCACCAGCGGCAAGCCAAAGCGUCUCGCAUUUGUUAGCUCCACCUCGACUUUGGAUACCGACCACUACGUCAACCUCUCUCAGCAAAGUGUUGCGUCCGGUGGAACUGGUGUCCUCGAGACCGACGACCUGGAGGGUAGUGCCAAGGGUCUGGGCACUGGCUAUGGCCAGUCGAAGUGGGCCAGCGAGUUCAUUGUUCGCGAGGCUGGCCGACGUGGUCUCGUGGGAGUUGUCAUCCGCCCCGGCUACAUCACCGGAGACCCGGUGUCUGGCUUCUCCGUCACCGAUGACUUCCUUCUCCGUCUCUGGAAGGGCUGCAUCCAGGUCCAAGCCCGUCCGGAUAUCCCGGGCAACACGAUCAACCAGGUCCCCGUCACCCACGUCAGCCGCGUCGUGGUUGCCUCGGUGCUCCACCCGCCCGUCGAGCCUCUGGGAGUCGUGCAGAUCACCAGCCACCCCCGUCUAACCACCAACGAGUGGCUCGGGUCCCUGGAAACCUACGGCUACAAUGUACCCCAGGUGCCCUACCGCGAGUGGUGCAACCUGCUGCAGAACUACGUGGCCGAUGACCGCAACACCGAGUCCCGGGAACUUGCCCUCCUCCCCCUCUUCCACUUCGUCGUCGGCGAUCUGCCCUCGAACUCUAUCGCCCCCGAACUCGACGACGUCAACGCCGCUACCUCUCUGCGUGCCUUCGGCACCUCACCAGAGGAAUUGAGCGACCGCGCCGUCAGCACCGAGACUAUUGGCCGAUACAUCGCCUUCCUGGUAGCCACCGGGUUCCUGCCCGGCCCGACUGCCACCGGUAUCAAUGCCAUUCCUGAUGUGGAUACCGAGAGACUGCAGGCGAUGGGCAGCCUCGGUGGACGGUCUUCCAAGUGAUGAUGAUGAAUGGUUUAUAAAAAGCAUUUAAAUGUAUUUAUUUAUUGUUAUUGUACUUGACUUAUUUGUCGUGGUUGUUGCGUGUUGCGUGCUGCUCGGUCAGCGUCAUGAUUGCUAGAG